AUGCCGGGGGAUGCAGCCCCGAUGGGGCAAGGCGCGCGGGGCACGGGCGCCAGCGACUUCAGGCAGCGCCUCUACGAGCAGCUGAAGAGCACGGGGGUGGUGAACAAGCUGAAGACUCAGCUGCGGUCACAACUGCUGACACAUCUCCAGAGGCAGCAAACAGCAUGCAUCACUCACUCCCAGACCUACAGGCCAGCAACACUGGCAGAGAAGGCCAUGCACUGCAUCGUUGCUGAGUACCUGUCAUCUAUUCAUUGCCAUUAUACGCUUUCCGUGUUCAGUUCGGAAACUGGUGUUGGUGAGAAGGACACGUCAUUCUCCUGGCCAGAGCUUCUCCAGAUUUUUGGUGUUCCGGAAGGCAAUGCCCUUUGGAUGGCGGUGAUGAAUGGCUUCAAGGUCAAGCAGCAAGUUCAAGAUUGCAUUUUGGACGAAAGGAAUUGUGUCCAUGCGAGCUUCUUGGCAAGAACUCUGGGCGCGAUGCAGACUUUGUGCAGCCCAAAACAAGCAACGAAAAAAAUGCAACAUGCCCACACUGCCCCUAUGUUGCCUGGCAGUUUGCUGUGUGGAGAGGAACAAGGUGUAGGCUGUGCUGUUGCGGAGUUCAGGGCAUCAAUGAAACAAGUUGGCAACCAAGCAGUUGAAGGCCAGCAGCUUGGGUGCAAUCACAACGAUGUGGAUGCUGCUACUGCUGGUGCAGCUGAGCACAUUGCAUUGACGACAGAACUGGAGGCACAGCGCAAGCACAUGAAUCAACUCCGCUGCUGCCAUAUUGCUGAACUGGAGGACAGGGAGCAGCGUGCAGCGGACCGUAUCGCAAGUCAACGACACGGCCUGGAGCGACUGGCAUACGAGCACCGGCAGCGUAUCCUGAGGGAAGAGGAGCACAUCAAAAAGAGGCGCGAGGACCUUGAGGGGGAGCUCAAAACCAGGCAGGAAGCUAUCCGGCUACAUGAGCAGCAAGUCUUGGAACGAGAACGCCGCAUUCUGUUGCAGGAACAGGAGCUGAACCGGAGGUGGGUGGAAAGCGGCAGAUCACAGGGUCAGAGCUGCCUGGGAGUGCGGCACAAGGUGGAGGAGGAGCUUGUCCAUCAGCUGGACCAAGUUGCAGCCGACAAAGUCCAGCUUGAGAAAGCGCGCAUGCAGCUGCAGCACGUGGCGUCUCAAGAGAAGGCGCAGCUGCUUGCAUGCAAGGAGCAGCUCCACGAGGCUGAAGCUAUGCUGGAGGCUGAACACGCAAAGGCAGCCACCCUUGCAUCUAAUGAGGUGCCGCUUGUGAAGCAGGUCGAUGGGCUGCGGCAGGAGGUCGCCAGGCUCAAUUGUGAACUGGCCGUUGCAGUGACAGGUGCCACCAUACAGACCCCUGAACAGAGGGCAUCGACGCUGCCGCACGAAUGCAGUUCACCUGCGCCGCACGGUGGAGAUUGCCACGUUCACGCCUUGACGCUGGAGAUAAGGCAGCACAGGGCAGCAGUGAAGAAGCUUCAAUCCACUGUCAAGAAGCUGGAAAGGGCGAAAUGUAGGCUUGCCGACGACCUCGAGGCAGCAGAGGACAGGGGGUGCUACUGGAAAGGCCGCGCAGAGGAAACGGAGGCACUGCUGGAUGAGGCCAUCGAAGCCAGGGGAGGCGCAGUGCAACGUGUGGAGGAGCUGGGAGUUAAACUGUGCCAUGCUGAACGCGACGCAUCAGAAGCCAGGGUCAGGCUCGAAAGAGUGUCCCAGGAGCUGAGCGUUCUGAAGCGCUCGGAAACCAGGCGUGCACCUCCUGCCGCAGACAACAGACGUGAGGGCGUGCCUGCACCUACCCUUGCUCACACUGUGGCAAAUCUCCACCUCCCAUGGCAGCUUCCUUCCAUGAACAAGGUGUGUGCAAUCUCGCCACCAAGGAGUUCACUGCUCAGCACGGCACCAGGCAACGAUGCAUUCACGCAACCGGGAAGGGCCGCCAGAAACCUCUGUGAGGUGUCAGAUUUCUGGCCCUAUCGGGUGGACCAGCUGAAUCGUGAAGAAGAGGGCCUGGCGCUGCAACUGAAGGAAUUCAAGAGGCGAGUGGAGGCCGGCCGACGCGCUUCCAGCCGCGACAUUGCCAGAUUGAAACGGAGGACACAGAAGUUGAGGAGAAGGGCAGGUCGUUCCCCCACGAGGCCAGGCGGAGGGCGGCCUGAAUUCCUCACAGACACCAACGCGCCAUCGUCGCCAAGCUCAGUGAUGACAGAAGACUCUCCGCUCGUCGCAUGCGCGCAUUGGCCCGUCGCCAGCCCCUGCCGCCCUGUUCCACUGGACUUGACCAACGCCAUCAAGCACGCGGCGCAAAGGCCGGGAAGGCACGAUGGUGUUGGUGCGACCGCGCAGCCGCACCCUGACGUGCCAGCGGCCGUUGAUGACCCGGGCCGGCAUUCUGCAGAAUUGCGCAGCCAUCAAGUGGAGUGCGCCCGCGACGGUGUGCCGAAUGGCGCCAUGCUGGAGGUGGCUCCCGGACCUGUUUCGAGCUGCCAGGGGCAAGUGAUGCCAACACUUCGGCACAGCGCUGAUCUGGCCCACGAUCAAUCCCCGAAUGACACGCCAGACAGUGGGCAGGAGACGCAGACAAUGGUUGCAAGCGGGCAGAGUCCUGUUGUCAGAAUUCACAUGGUAACUCUCCCAUCUGCUCACACGGCGCCAGAUGUGGUCGGUGCGGUGGAAUGUGCGGCAAUAGCGCCCAUCUCUGCUGCAGAGGGGGAUGGCCACGGAAGAAGCUGCGAGGAAGACGCGAAGAUGGUGCGACACGCCAGCACCUCUGUCCGAGCCCAACACGGCGGAACCACCGAACAUUCCACGCGGCUGCCUUUGCAAGAAAAUCCGCUGCUGGUCACCAAACUGGAAGCUCCUUCCCAACGCAACGUCACAGCCAAAGAAGAGCACAUUGCUGCCAAUUCCGAAACGCAGACGCGUGGCACGGAACCAGGAACAGUGGAGGCGUCCUCCCCGCAAAAUUGUUGGGGUUUCAAUUGUGGAGAAGCCAUUGAAGAUGUGUCAACAGCCGCGCGAGAGGCACACCUUGAGCAGGAGGGCCAAGUCAGUGUGGAACGCGAAGGCCUUCCUCAUUCCCGCACAACUGGCAGUUAUUUUCCCAACCUGGGAGACCCGCAGGCCCUCCUGGCUCCUCUGGGGACCAGGGGCUUGUCAGCUUCGAAUGGAUUGAACGGAGCAAGCGCUCCACAUAGCAUUCGCGCUGAAGAGCUGGAUCCGGGGCAAGAAACGCCAUGUCACGGGACCCCGCCACAGCUACCGGGCUCAGAGCGCGAUACACUGGGACCGAUGUGGGAUUCUGCUUGGAGGGGUCCUGCAAUUCGAAAAGCCGAGCACCCGGCGGCAGAUUCCAAUCUUGCAGGAUCUUCCAAGGUUUGCUCGGAUCCGCCACUCGAUGCGGACUGGUUCUCAGAUGGGUCGCAGGUUUGUCCGGUGGAGGCAACUCGUGGCGAACCCACUCAGUGCGAUCCAGCAAACAUGGCUGGGGAGUCAAAAGACGAUCUAAAGGAAGCUGGGAACAAAGCUCAAGUUGUCUGCACCGCGCCUCCAAUUCUCACUGCUCCGGCUGUACACGAAGCCCAGGAAGCUGUGCACUGCAACAGCGGGGAUGAUGCUGACCUCCGUUCCGUCGCUCGAACUUCCUCGGCGAUGUCUGAGCCCACCAUAGAAGAAUCGGGGGAGGGGUCGUCAACGGGCAGCCUUUCCGCCACUGCGGAACGCGGAGGCUCAAGCAGCGGGAGCUCCCUGCCGCCCGAGCUGGGCAGUACAGGCGCUGUGUCUGUUGGCUCAAUAUCUGGAGACGGAAUGACGCAAAUGGAAAUAGAAGGGGGCGACGCCGAUUUCUAA